UCGUUCGGCCCGGAGCGGCUUACAUACACGCGGUGAAUUUUGAAUUCUCCCGCCCUGUUGACGCGUUCUCCUGCAGGGGGCGUUGCAGGUGACGCGGUAGGCGGCAGAUCGGGUGUCUGCGAGUCUCCGCCCUCAGCAGUCAGUCCGAGUACAUGGCGACUGCGGCAAAGAGCAAACGAGAAGACGCAGGGCGAGCGGAGCAGCUGAGCGGAGUCACGAGCCUGGUCCACGGCGUCUGUCCUUCCCUUUAUAUGACACCUACGAGAGCUGGUUUGUGAGAAUAAGAUGGAUGGCAGCUUCGAUUGUGAUUGUGGUGAGCUGGAGCCACCUGAUCAUUAACAGAAAAACUCCUGUUUAAUUUCAAGUCUUCUACGUUUUCCUCUUCGGAUGCACUGUAUAGAAAAUCUAAAAAAAUAAAAAAAAAUUAUAGUGCUUACCAGCACCAUAGAAUGAAGCUGCUCAGGACCAGUUCAACACUGAAUGUAUCUGCACUGUGAGGAGGAUGUUCAUAGAAGCCUAUUUCUUGCAUAUUUAUUCAUUUUUGUUUCAUGUUAACUUGUUUUGCACAGUAGAAGUGUGUGCAUAGUAUGUCAUUUCAUUCCGUUUCACUUCCAGUGAGUGUUUUGGUUUAUGUUUGCUGGAAUGCUGCAUCUUAUGUGAACUAUGAAUACGGUCAUUUUUAUACAGUCAAAACUGAGCUUUAGUGUUACUGCUUGUGGGAUACACCAGGCCUGGCAGGCUAUGUUUUGAAAAUUGGAGGAAACCAUUCUAAAGAAGAGUAUUUUGUAAGGUGUAUGAAACCUUUUCUUUAGAAGCUAGCUGUGGUUAAGUGUCAAAUAUUCUUAGGAAAAGUGAAAAUUUCUGAAGGAAGCAAAGUAGCUAAAAUGGCUGAAAAGUUUGAAAGCCUCAUGAACAUUCAUGGGUUUGAUUUGGGCUCCCGUUAUAUGGACUUAAAACCGCUUGGCUAUGGUGGGAAUGGCUUAGUUUUUUCUGCUGUUGACAAUGACUGUGAUAAGCGAGUGGCUGUGAAGAAAAUUGUCCUGACAGACCCUCAGAGUGUCAAACAUGCUCUGCGGGAGAUCAAAAUUAUCCGGAGACUUGAUCAUGAAAACAUCGUUAAAGUAUACGAAAUUCUCGGCCCCAAUGGAGAUCGCCUAACCGAUGACGUGAGCUCUCUGCCCGAACUGAACUCUGUUUACAUUGUUCAGGAGUAUAUGGAAACCGAUUUAAGCAAGCUACUUGAGCAAGGCCUCCUACGUGAAGAGCACGCCCGGCUUUUCAUGUACCAGCUGUUACGUGGGCUUAAGUACAUCCACUCCGCUAACGUGCUACACAGAGAUCUCAAGCCAGCAAACCUGUUCAUUAAUACUGAAGAUCUGGUAGUAAGGAUUGGAGAUUUUGGUCUUGCACGUAUUAUGGAUCCCCAUUACUCUCAUAAGGGACAUCUUUCUGAAGGCCUUGUCACAAAAUGGUACAGAUCUCCUCGCCUUUUACUUUCACCAAACAAUUACACUAAAGCUAUUGACAUGUGGGCGGCUGGAUGCAUAUUUGCAGAGAUGCUGACUGGAAAGACCCUUUUUGCAGGUGCUCAUGAACUUGAGCAGAUGCAGCUGAUCUUGGAAUCAAUACCUGUCGUACAUGAAGAAGAUAGACAAGAACUUCUGAAUGUUAUCCCAAUUUAUAUAAAAAAGGAUAUGACUGUGCCACAUACUCCUUUGACACAGCUGCUCCCAGACAUCAGCCCCGAAGCACUAGACUUCCUGGAGCAAAUUCUGACAUUUAGUCCUAUGGAUAGACUAACAGCAGAAGAAGCAUUGUCUCACCCAUACAUGAGCAUUUAUUCAUUUCCAUUGGAUGAACCAAUUUCCAGCCAUCCUUUCCAUAUUGAAGAUGAGGUGGAUGAUAUUUUACUGAUGGAGGACAACCACAGCCAUGUUUAUAAUUGGGAAAGGUAUCAUGAUAGUGAGUAUUCAGACCUUGAUUGGCCUAUACACAAUAAUUUUGAAGGUGACGAAGUCCAACGUGAUCCAAGGGCUCUCUCUGAUGGAAGUGAUGAGGAAGAGGUGCUUGUCGACCCUCGCAAAUAUAUGGAUGGAGAUCGAGAAAAGUAUUUUGAAGAUCCAGCUUUUGACCCAUACUUUUCUGCUGAGUCUGCUUGGCAAUAUUCAACCCACCAUGAGAAUAAAUAUUGUGAUCAGGAGUGUAGUCAUACAUGUAACUACAAAAUGAGGUCCACAUCCUAUCUAGAUAAUCUGGUUUGGAGGGAGACUGAAGUGAAUCAUUAUUAUGAGCCAAAACUAAUCAUAGAUCUGUCUAACUGGAAAGAGCAAAGUAAGGAGAGGUCUGAUAAAAGAGGCAAAUCAAAAUGUGAAAGAAAUGGUUUAGUGAAAGCUCAAAUAGCUCUUCAGGAAGCUUCACAGCAGCUAGUUGAUAAAGAAAGGGAGAAACGUAAAGAAUUUGACUUUGAUUCCUUUAUAGCAGGUACCAUUGAGCUCAGUUUGCAGCAUGAUUCUUCCAGUGUUGACAAACUCAACGACUUGAAUAGCUCUGUCACACAACUUGAAUACAAAUCCUUAAUAUCAAAGUCUGUAAGUCUAGAAAAACAGGAGAAAGGAAUGGCCAACUUGGCACAAUUGGGUGCCUUAAACCAAAAUUCUUGGGACAGUCCAAUCUUAAGCGGUGAAGACUGUUUCCUUAUAGAUCAGUUUUGUUGUGAAGUGAGAAAAGAUGAUCAUGUUGAAAAGGAAAAUGCCUAUACAGGUUACUUAGAUAGUUUAUUUAGUAAGAAAGAAGAGCCAGAAGUGUUCGAUCCUGAGCCAACAGAAGAUGAAAAGAUUGGAAGUAAAGAAAAUGAUGAGGGCACCUUGAGUUUCUCUGGAGACUUCAUUCUUAAUAAACAAGUGGAUUGUAUUGGUAUUCCCCAAUUUCAGAAUCCUCUUGGUUCCCCCCUUAAAUCAAUACAAGCCACACUGACACCCUCUGUCAUGAAAUCAUCCCCCCAAAUUCCCCCCAAAACUUAUAGCAGCAUUCUGAAACAUCUAUACUAAAACACUCAAAUUUUUUUCAGAUCCUUCUCAAUUUUCAUGUUUUGUUUUGGUGUUGUUUUUUUUUUCCCAUGUUAUUCUUUUCUACAUAACUUUUUUUUCUUACUUGAAAUUGUCUUUUUUACUAUGUAUUUAACAUUUAGUUUUGUUUACCAUUGUUUUUACAAUCUAAAUUUACUUUCUACAUUUUAAACUGGCAUGGCAUUUGCACACAAGGAAAAAACAACAAAAUAAUGCAACUUAGGUGGAAACAGGAAAAAUGCACUAAAUGAAGUCUAAAUUAAAUCAAUUGCUAUCUCUCAGAAUCAUAUGAUAUUGCCUUGAUGUAACACAGUGAGACAUUAUAUACAGUGAAACCUCUCUGAAACUACCACUCAAAAUUGCACAAAAAAUGGUCUCCUCAAAGAGAACCUCAUAAAUAUUGAACUGAAAAUCUGGUCUGGGUAAGGUGGUGGUCUUUUUUUCCCCCAGAGGUUUCACUGUAUUUUCAUGGAAAUGUCAGUUUCAGCUUUUAUUUUUGAGCUAGUUCAUCGUGUUCGAUUUUUCUUUUCAUAUCCAUUUCUUAAAACACAUGAUACCAGCAGCAACUGAAGAAUGCAGAUUUUGGUACGCAUGUGUUAUCUACCUCAAGGUAACAGUAGGUGGUCAUUUAUUUGGCCAUCAGUAGUGCUAUCCAUCAUGCACCUCUGUUAAGCCAGCAUUAUUGUAGUAGCUAUUCCUAAAUGAGAAAUUGCAGAGAUGUCUGUAAAUGUUCUGGAUUGCAUCCUAUGUAGUGAAGUGUUUAAUAUGCAGUAUUUUAUUUAUUAUAUCACACAGUUAUUUGAAAAUAGAUGUCUUGAAUGGUUUUAAAGAACGCUGGGCAACUACCAUCUCUCUAGUUGGUUAACAGCUCAAUAUGGCCUACUAUUUAACACUACACUGGGUCAUCAACAUCUAGAAAGCCUUAGGUUGUCAAAGUCUUGAAUUUUUUUUUACAGUUUACAUUGUUGUAUAUUUAACCUGCAUAUUAACAAGCUGUGUCUUCACUUUUCUUUUCACCUAAUUGUUUUCAUUUCAAGGAAAGUUCUCACUGUGUGUAGGAGUUUGUAUUUUCAAAGUGCUUGACAGAACUCUACAAAACCAUAGGAAUUGCUUAAAUAUUAAAUACUUCUAGAAUUUUUUUUUUAUUGUAAUGCUAAGAAUGGUGUGCAUGGAGUUAAUUAUGGUACAACAUUACUGUAAGUUAAGAUUUUUUUUCUCUUUUAUUGUAUGUUUUUACUGAAAUUCCUUUUUUAUUUUUGUUUUCAAACCUGCAUGAGAAGAAUAGCAUGUAGUAUCUAAAUUCCCUGGAAACUUGUUUUGCCUCUGAAUUUUGCAUACUAUUUGUGUACUAUUGGGUCCCCUAUUUAAGAAAAAUAAACAUGGCCAGCAACAAAGUA